CCGAGAGAAAACAAAAACAGUCAUGGCAACACGUAAGGGAGUCUCGCUCUCGGUCUUUAUAUCGUUUCUGCUGCAAUUCGUCCUGCAGGUGUCUGGUGAAUUCCCAAUAUGCGGAGUCCUGAGCAGUCGGCCAAAUGCCUCCACCACAUUUACCGAGAAGCACUGCAUUGUGUAUUUCAAUAGCAUAACAACUUUAGUUGAUAGUGAGGAGAGUGCAGUAUACUACCCUGUGUCUGAUGCGCUGGAAUGGAAUGUCUGCAACCAGGAUGAGCCUCCUCCAUCGUCAAUUGAAGAUCAUUAUAUAUUUCUUUCCAUGGAGAACAAUUGUUCAGCCUUAGACCAGGCCAACAGAGUUCAGGACAUGGGUGGGGCCGGCACCCUUAUGGUCAUGGAGAAACUGCAGUCACUGGAGAUGAAGACAGAAGGAUAUAAUAUCACCUUGGCUUUUGUGGAUAACUCAAGCUAUGUGAAGAUCAUGAAUUCAGGUGAUGAAGUGACAGUGGGACUCUACCUACCCAAAGAUUCUCCCAUCCAUUUAAGCCUCAUUGUCAUCUGGUUUCUUGCCAUGUUCUCAGUUGUUGUUGGGGCCUAUUGGUCUGGGACUGUCCGCCAUGAAUUGUAUAGAGUACAACAUGAGCAAGAAGGAGAGCACAGAGAUGUUGCCCGAGAGCCAGUGUUGCCCCACGAAGAAACCUCCAUUAAUAUGACAGUGAGAAGCAUCUUGGGAUUUGUAGUCUUGAUGUGCAUCAUGCUGCUAUGUCUGUAUUUCCUCUAUAGUUAUCUGGUGUACAUCAUUAUCGGAAUGUUCUGCCUAGCUUCUGCCAUUGCUACAUAUUGCUGUCUUGAUCCAUUGGUGUCAAGAAUGCCAUGUGGCACAACCAGAACUCCAUACUUCAACAUAUACAUUGUACGUGGCACACUGAUGGUUCGCCAGAUCCUGCUUUUGAUAUUUGCCUUUGGACUGUCAAUCACUUGGGUGGUGCUAAGGAAGGAGCCAUGGGCUUGGAUCUUGCAGGAUAUUCUAGGAAUUAUGUUCAGCAUCAAUGUUUUGAAAAUGAUCCGACUACCGAGCCUUAAGAUCUGCACUUUCUUAUUGUGUGGCCUUGUGAUCUAUGACAUUUUCUUUGUAUUCAUCACUCCGCUUCUUACAUCGGAUGGUAAGAGCAUAAUGGUUGAGGUGGCCAAGGGAGGUCCCAGCCAGGAGCAGAUGCCAAUGGUGCUCAAAGUGCCAAACUUCGACUAUGAGCUUUCCAAGAUUUGUGACCUGCAGGAGAAUUACAACCUACUCGGUUUUGGAGACAUCCUCAUACCAGGGCUCCUUGUGUCUUUUGUGCACUCUUUCGACCUACAGGCAGGCACACCUUGCCGCCUUUACUUCCUCAUCAAUAUCAUAGGCUACGGCUCGGGCCUGGUGACCACCUUCAUCGCCCUGUGGCUCAUGAGCUUCGCCCAGCCCGCCCUGCUCUACCUCGUGCCCUUCACGCUCAUCCCCACCUUCGUCACCGCCGCCGCCAGAGGGGAGUUCAUGGCCAUGUGGCGGGGCGACUCCGACAAGUUCGACUGUGACGCCGACGCCGACGCCGAAUCGGUGGAGGAGACCCACAACGCCGCCAACGCCGCCAACGCAGCCAACAGCUCGGCCGACGCUGCCAACCGCUGCAACAACGCCGUCAGCCCCGUGGCGACCACCUAAGGACCGCCUCGGCGCAACGCAGGCGGAAAGGAAGCAGGGCCGAGCCGGUCGCUCCGAGCCGCCGCUGCCGCCGAGCUUCGUCUCCGACAGGGCUGUCUCGUCCCCUCGUCGGCCUUCCUGUGCAUGCCGCAUUCUCUGCUUCUUUGAGGGCAUUCUCCUUAUCGUUUCAUCUCAUGUAGACUUGGAGUCAAAAGCGACUUUGGAUAAUAUUCGGCCGGUGCAACACCCACGGCCGCGAGGGAAGACUUGCCUGGAGGCGCCCCCGGACCCGCAGCGCCCUCUGAGCUUGCUGCCGAGGCAUACAUCUGCGGCGGCCGGCGGCGGACGCCAUCGGGCCACGCCUUCUUUCUUUGGCUUCUAGAGAAUUUCCCCUUCUUCUCCAGAGGACUUUUUUUUCUUACAAUCCUAUUUCAUCUUUCUCUUGCUCUAUCUAUCAUUACCCAUUACCCACUUGCGCUCUCCUCCUCCUCCCACCCUUGCUUCUUUCUUCUUUUCUGCAUCUUCCUCUAUCUCCUCCUCCUUCAGUUUUCUUUCUCUCUUCUUCCUUUUCUACUUUUUCCUCAUAUUUUUCCUCUACUU